AUGAAGUGGCCAACGGGUCUGCUUCUGGCGGUGGGUCUGCUCACCCUGCCGUUUCCCGGACGCACUUCUCGGAAUCUCACGGAGUUCAUGGGCCAUCGGCAGAAGCGAUGGUUGAUCUACCAGAACAGCGGUUCGAUGAAGUUCAGCAUUGGUCCUUCGAUGCCAAUUCCCUUGGGGGAUAAGGUCACCUUCCGAUCCUGCGUGCUCUCCUAUACGCUCCAAGGGGGAUCCUACUCCCUGCCCACCUCUCCCAUUUGGCCUUGGGAUAAGUGGGAGGGCACCUUCGCCCGAUCCAUAACCCAAAUGAGGAGGAAUAUAGAGCGGCACACGGCCAAUGGAGGAGUUCGGUAUGCAGACGAUGCCCGGCUUUUGGUUUACACUGCUCUGGAGGAGUACAUCGGCAGGAGGAACAGCGACCAUUCCAUGGGUAGGAAGUGCCUGCUGCGAUCCAUAUGCGAAAAUGCUCAGAUACACCAUCACAUCGGAGUGUUCUCGGAAAUUAUGGACAUCGUACUUAGCCCCGGCAAAGCGGAUCUGGAUAACUCCUAUCACGAGGCCUACGCCGCCGGAAGGGCUGGAGCCAAUUGCCUGGAUCUCUACAGCUCCUGUCCUCGGGGUCUCAACUUCCUCGACGAGCUCUUGAUUGAGGAAGAUGAUUGAUUUACUGGAGCUGCUGCUGUGAAUUUCCGUGGAGUUCGGAAGGGAGUGUGGGGGAUCCGCAAUAAAGUUUUCAGCCAAAUCAAAGUGCAUGUCUAAUGGGUCUUGUCCUGAUGUCGGAUUUCGCUUGUUCUUGCUGCAUAAUUUGGGGCGGAAAUGCACGGAAGCAUGUCUGAGGGGCAGGAAACUGUGUUGACGUUGCCUCGAGGAUGAGCAUGUGUGCACAUCGAUGCAGGCUUACCAGAUGCAUGACGGUACAUGCGAAGGCUA